AUGCUCUGGAUCUUGCUGCUGUGUGAAGCUCUCGUCGAGAAUCAGAUCUCUUCUCCUUCUCCAAAGGAACUAUACUCGUUUUUCUGCACUCGGCGCCCAGCGCUACUUGCGGUGUCGCCGCCUCAGACGCUACCUCUGUACCCCUCUUCCCCGCUUGGAUUACCGGGGCACGUUCCCGCUCGCGGUUGGCAGCUUGGGCUUCGAAACCCCGCCGCCCGAGAGCAAGUUAUCAGCUAGCAACUGUUCGAAACUCGCCCCUGACUAGUACACGUUCAACCGGGCGAACAUGGCUUCUGGAUCACGCGACGUUCCCGAAGACGAGCUCUUCAUGAGUCGCCCAGCACCCGAAGAAUGCGACAGCCCAACAGUUGAGCCUUUGAGAAUAUUCAAGCCACAGAGCCCCUCGGGCGAUAAGGCUUCGAACCGGCCCAAGUACCCACCCCCGUCGUCUUCGUCGUCCUCAACCUCUAAGCCGGCCAUCGCAUCUCUUCCGCCGCUACCCUCUUUCCCCUUUCCCCCUUCGACCUCUGCUGCUCCGUUACCCUACCCCGAUGACAACACCCGCAAGACUGCACAGCCUCCCAAGUCCAGCCGCCUGCCCUAUCCAGAUGAUGAGCGCAAGUCUCCGCCGGCGGGUAGAGUCUACAGUCCGCCGCCAGCUUCCUCAAGCUCCCAGGGGUAUGGCGAUUCAUCGGCGCGCCCAACCCUAAGCACCGGAGACAAGAAAGCCGGCCUUGCCGAGAGGCGCGGAACCGCGCCGAAACCCCUUCAGAGCCCGACUAGCCCUGCCGAAGACAAGGACGAGUUGUUCGCGAAGCCCCUGAGAAACCCUGCAGGCGCCACCACCAAGAUCUCGAAUGCGUAUCAGCAAAAGCCCUAUUAUCCCCCGCCCCCUGUUGCAUCAAAUCAAGCGUCGACCAUCAAUCGCUUCUCGUCCACAGCCUCCAACUCGACAACGCGGGCCAACCGAGGAUCUCCACCACCACCGGAGACACCUAUCGCCGAGCCGGGUGCCAUACCCGGAGGUGGCAUUGAAGCACGAUACGCGGCCGCCGGCAUCUCGGGGACUGCGACUCUCAACAGCCUCCAAACUCCAAGCGCCGCAGCGCAGUCCCGGUUGGCGCAGUAUGGUGGCCAGCAGCAAGCUCCAGCCCAACAGGCACGGCCGUGGACACCCACCGAGAGUCCGGGCCAGCAGCCGUACGGGCCCCCGACCGUGUAUCAGGGUGCUGAUGUGGUGUCGAAUCCCACACCGCCCCAGCAAAAUCCUUUUACUCUUCCGCAAAAUCCCAAUCCGGCCACACAGGUGCCGGCAGGGGCCAACCUGCAAGUGAGCGUCCUGGAACAGGACUUUCAACGCAUGCAAGCCUCGACUCCUCCGCCUGCCUACACGAGCGUAAACCCGAACGCGCCUUCUCAAUAUCCGAACGAGAAACAGCGGCCAACGCAACCGAGCUCUAGCGCCGCGAACGUUGCCCCAAGUGUGACCUCGGCUGCGGCUGUCUCGACUGCUCGGCCAAAUGCAGCCCUUACAGGCCCUGCUGCAGCUGGCUCUCCCCCUCAACAAACGCAGAAACCUGCCGCCGCCGCUACUCCCGCCGCCGCAGCUGCGACGAUUUCUGCACACAAUGCUGGCCAUCCUGCUUUCGCCAACGAAAACAAGCCGGCGACAGCGCAAAACGGGCAGCCCCUGACGCACACCCCCUCGCUCCUCGCUGCUGCCCAGUCGCCGCCUCCACUCCCUGAAGGCUGGAUUGCCCAUCUCGACCAGAACUCGGGUCAGUAUUACUACAUCCACCUGGCAACCCAGGCUACACAGUGGGAAUUUCCCAAGGGGCCCAACCCCUUGAACCACGAGCCCGCCCCCCUGUCGCCCACGGCGUCGACGUAUGGCAACCCCCUUGGAUCGCCCCUUCUUGCUGGCGGAAAAGCUGGCCUCGCCUCACCCAUGUUUCACCCACAAGGCCACCCAGGCUAUGCUGAGAGCAUUCUGAGCGUCACCCACUCCGUGGCUCCCUCGACAGCGGGUUUCACCGGUCCCCCUCCUACCGCAGGCGUUGAAAUGUACAAGGUCAUGCCAACCAACGGCGUGUACUUUGGCCCUUAUCUGCGCUAUGUGAAUAUGGAUUUGGAAAAGGGCGUUUGGCUGGGCAGCAUCAUGAUUGUUACCGACGCGCCGCAGCCCCCGACCAUCCAUAUCCACUUGAGCGUGGAUCUGUCGCCAAAUCCACGCCAGCUUAUACCGCACAACAUCUAUACGCACCAGAGAUGGGUCUUUUACAAGUACGACGUGGACCUUCAAAUGUCUGAUCAUGGCACGGAACGGUGGACGUAUGCCGUGACAUCGCACCUUGGCUGCACCCGGUACGAGUUUGUCGUCGCGGGACGCUACGAAACUGGCUGGCGCAUGAUUGCGCACUCCGGCAAUGACUUUGCGCCGUCGACCAACCAGAACGAGAGGGCCAAGCUCGGAGGCGUUGGGUUUAUGUGGAAGGAUAUCCUGCAGAAAAACGUCGAGUGCGGUGGAUUCCAUGUUCAGCUCGGCCUCGGCGCUCAGAUAUAUGGGGACCGCCUCUGGCGGGAGGUUCCCCUUUUGAAGCAAUGGCUCGCCAUGCAGGGGAGGGAGAACCGCAAGAAUGCGCCAUGGACAGCGAGACACCAGGAGGACGUCACUCACGCUUACUUCCACUACUAUACCAGCCACUUCGACCAACCCUUCUUGCGCGAGGCAUUUGCGCAGAUUCCGCAUGUCUUGCAGAUUGACGACCAUGAUAUCUUUGAUGGCUUCGGCUCGUAUCCCGACUACAUGCAGUCGUCUGCCGUGUUCAAGGGCAUCGGCCGCAUCGCCAUCGACAUGUACCUGCUCUUCCAGCACCACACUACGAUCGAGAUGCUGCGGAACGUUAGCUCUGACAUGGAUUUGUUUACCAUCACCGGGUCGGGCUGGCAUUUCGUCAAGUUCCUUGGCCCUGCCGUCGUAGUGGUGGGUCCGGACUGCCGGUCGGAGCGCACGCAAAGCCGCGUCAUGGCCGGCCCGACUUAUCAGGGAAUCUUCCCCAAGGUCGCAACAUUGCCGCCCAGCGUGCAGCACUGCAUCUGGAUGAUCUCGGUACCUGUCGUGUACCCACGCCUUGAGACGGUCGAGACGCUCGCCAACACGUUCGCGACUGGCAAGAAGGCCGUUAACACGACGUACAAUAUCCUUGGUAAGGUGACGAGCUCGGUGGCGGGUGUGGUUGGCGGCAAGGAGGUGGUGCAACACGGGUUCAAGGAAGUCAAGAAGGCGGUGGGCAAGUCAGGGCUUAUGGGCAAUGUGCUUAAUCAGUUUGGCGACAUUGACAUUGCCGAGGAGCUGAAGGAUCUGUGGACCCACGAGUCCAAAGAUCUCGAGAGGACGUAUCUGAUCCGGACCCUGCAAGGGAUUGCGCAGCAGAAGGGCAUCCGCAUGACCUUCCUGUCUGGAGACGUCAACUGCUGUGGUGCCGGCCUCGUGCACGACCCUGCCCACCCAAGCGACCACAAGACAAUGUACCAAGUCAUCGCCUCCCCAGUCGUCGCAGCGCCCUGCAGCAACUACCUUCUCAAGAUGCUGCACAACAACAAGCUACUGUAUGUGCCCCAAAACGGUCACAAGUCGACGCACGAGGUGAGCGACACCAAGGAGGACAUGAUGGAGAUCUUCCACACAGACGCCUCAGGAGGGGCCAGGGAGCACAAGAAACUCAUGGCAAGGAGGAACUAUGUCGCGAUUGUGGUGUACGACCCGGAGGCGCUUGCGGGAGGGGUGGCACAGCAGCAGCAGCAGCAGACCGGAUAUGCGGCAAGCGUGGGCAGCGGGAACUCGGGCGGGCUGAACAAGUUGAGUUUGGCCGUGGAUUUUGUGGUGCAAGGCGAUGGCGCGUUCACGGCGACGACAAAGUACGGCCCGGUCAUUGUGCCGCAUUUGGAGUUUGGCCAUUGAGCCAGCCCUUUGCAUUACUAGGGGUCGAUGUUUGAUGAUGAGAUGAGAUGACGGCUGCCUUAGCUUCGUAGUCAGUGCUUGUGGUUCUUAGGGGUUGGGUAAUUUGGUUGCUAACCUAGACUCCAUCUAUACGUGGUAGUGGUUCCUGGUUUAUAUCACUGGCUUGUAUUAGCGGAUUGUUCGUUAUACGUUCUUGCUAGUUAAAUAAGAUAAUCUUCUGGAG